UUCUUCAACCAUCGCGGAAAUUUGUUUGCAAGUGAUCGACUCCGGGGAAAACUUUUAAGUUCUGUGAAUUUUCACUAAUUUUAUCGUCAAAAUGGAUAUCCGACCGAAUCACACAAUUUAUAUCAACAACCUGAACGAGAAAAUCAAGAAAGACGAACUCAAGAAAUCGCUUUACGCCAUCUUUUCGCAGUUCGGGCAAAUUCUGGACAUCGUAGCCAUGAAGACGCUCAAAAUGCGUGGCCAAGCGUUCAUCAUCUUCAAGGAAAUCGGAAGUGCUACCAACGCGAUGCGAACGAUGCAGGGCUUCCCCUUCUACGACAAACCGAUGCGCAUCAACUACUCCAAGGUGGACAGCGAUAUCAUUGCCAAAAUUAAGGGCACCUUCAAGGAACGCCCGAAAAAGGCAAAGGUUCCUAAACCGAUCCACCAGGAGGAAAAGAAGUCCAAAAAGCAGAAGCACGCCGAAUCCGGUGCCGCAGCGAACAAUUCGGCCACGGCCGAACAACCACCAAAUCAGAUCCUUUUCCUCACCAAUCUACCGGAGGAAACCAACGAGAUGAUGUUGUCCAUGUUGUUCAACCAGUUCCCAGGCUUCAAGGAGGUCCGGCUGGUUCCGAACCGGCACGAUAUCGCCUUCGUGGAAUUUGCCUCGGAACUGCAGAGUGGCGCCGCCCGGGAAGCACUGCAAGGAUUCAAGAUUACCCCAACCCACGCGAUGAAGAUUUCCUUCGCCAAGAAGUAGACGACGCUGAGGGUAGCCGGUGCCGGUAGGAUGUAUUCUUAUUUGAGUUAAUUUUUUACAUGAAUGAUUUUGUUUUGUCAAAUAUGGCAAAAUUCUCAUAUAACUAUAAUAAAAACCAUGCAAAAAGCAUUGCACUCCGCUUUCAUGGUUUUGAACUUCACAAGGUUUGAGGGUCGUCGAGUGGGGCGGCUGAGCGAUGUCUUUUUGGUGCAGGAAGACCAUA